CCUUGCCUCAGGCAGCUCUUGGCGCCUGCUUUCAGAUGGGGCGCGCAGGAGUGGGAUGCGCUGUCUCCGGGCGAUGCUCACCCGCUGGGGGCUUGGGGGCCUCCCUCCCUCGGCUAGCGCCCCGGGACUGGCCGUCCCGCCCAGAGAGGCCGCAGGGCCGGCGGAGCCGAGUCCAGCUGCGCGCCGGGCGCGGGUGCACUCGGACGGCGCCGGUCACCGGCCGCGCGGGUUCAAGUGCGCUGGCCCCGGCGCCGGACGCGGGCCAGGUCCUCCCUGCUCCGCCUGGCUCCGGAGCUCGGAGCGUCCGGCUGGCCCAGGGACCCCUCUCCCCGCCUCCAGUCGCGCGGGGCACGGACGCGCGCACUUGGCUUGGGGUGCGGCGGCGAGUAGCGCGGGCGGGUAGCGGGAUCCCGCGCUUCCAGGCCCGGCCGGGUUCCCAGCUCACGCCGCAGGGACUUUUCCCGGCCCACGGUGGAGGCUCCGCCGGGGAAAGAAGCCCAACUUCCUCCAAGCCGCCGGAGUGUGCGCUGCGAUCGGCAGGAAAUGGCCGGGACGCGCAGCUUGCGCCUUGGCAGUGUGCCCUGGCUUUGCAGAAGAAAAGCAUCUCCACCCAACUCUCCCCCUCUCCCCAGAGCCCCGCGCAGACUGAAAUUCAUCUGGUUCUCAAAAAGGUGUUUUCAGAAACACUAAAACAUCACAACUGUUAUUUUCAUCUCUUUCCAGGCAGAUAUAUGAUUGCUCGUGAAGACUCAACUUGUCCUCAGUUGGAAAAACUCAACCAUUGCCUUGAAAGACUGAGCACUAAGGCAGUGUGGCAAGUGGAAGCUAUUGGGAGUGAUUCCAUCUAAAAUAUUAAAUGAACACAGUUAUUGUUUAAAUCCAGGAAGAGUUCCACAUGGACUGUGGUUGGUGGCUGGGAUGCUCUGGAGUGGAGCCCUUGGAGAAGAAUAUGUUAUUUGCAUUUAGGAAAAUACUUCUUUGGCUCAAUAUCUAGCCACUAAAAUAAAAACAAUUCAUCAAAAAACAGUUAUCCCAGAUGGAUUCCAAGAGUGGUAAUUAGAUUUCCUAAGGAGUCAAAGGGUGAAAAUUGUAGGAUGGGGGAGAGAUCAGAGGACAAACUACAUUUGGAAGCAGGAAGUGGUUCAAGGAAUUUGUGACUCAAAGUAAGAGAAAAGAAGUAGGCAUGUGUGGAUCUCUGUGGUCGUCCCAUUGGAACCUAAGCUGGGUAACUGGGAGGUAAAAUCAUUUUAUGAUGUUCUAUGGCCACCUCACAAAGGUGCUAGGAGCUACAACUAGAAGCCCCAGUACCAAGAAGCCCCAGUACCACUGAGCAGGCUGAGGAGGCACAGCUACUGCCUGAACCUGCCUGGGGGGGAGUUCCCAGUAUCACCCACAAUGGGCAGAGUCUUGGCAAAGUAGGAAAGCAGUGUACGCCUGAACCCUCUGAGAGAAGGUAAGGCCCUCUGUGGGCUGUCCACUCAGAACAGGAGGCUCAGCCCCUUGCAUGAAUUCUUCUGAAGUGGCUAUACAGCUAGUGUUUGUUCAAUAAGGCAGCCUAUGUGUGUGCUUAAUGUUUAUAAAAAAUGAAUGUAUUGAAAUGUUCUAAAUUUAAAUUGUGAUGAUUGUACAAUUUUGUGAAUAUGAAA